AUAUAAAUAUAAAACAGUUAAUUUAUUUUAAAUAAACUGAAAUGAAUAUUUCGGAAGAAAAUAACGAAAGCUGUCAUGAAGAAACUGGGGAAGCUUCACAUUGGAUGUACGCUAUUCAAGCAGUUAUAGCCAUAUUCAUUGUAGUAGAAAAUCUUAUUAUGAUGAUUGCAAUCGUCCACAACUGGUAUAAUUUAACAAGACAACACAACAUGUACCGUUACCUCGUGUCACUUGUCGUAGCUGAUUUGCUAUACGGAGUAAUAUUGCUCAUUCAUGGGAUAUUAACAGCAGUUAACUCUGCAGGACUAAGCGGAGAAAGUCUUCUCAAAAAUGAAUUGAAAGACAUAGCUAAUAACCUGAUAACUGGUGUAAUACACGGGAGUUGUUUUGCAGCUCUUGCUAGUGCAUCUUUGCUGAAUCUUGUUCUUCGAAUGACUUACACCAGAGCUCUUGCUAGGGCGGCGGCAAUAGAAGCAGAGAGACCCAGACGAUUUUCGUUUUUACGUUUUCCUUCCUUGAGAUGUCCAAAAACCACAAGAGUUCUCAUUGGAUUUAUAUGGGCUCUCACAUUAACUUUUAUUGUGACUCCGUUGAAAAUACACUGUCAUCAACAUAUAACGAGAUGCACUAAUGACUUCAAGACUUAUAAAAUAAAUAUACUUGAAGAAAAAAUCACUCCAGUUAUGGACAGUCUUAAAAGUUUUUCUGCUCAUGAAGAAGGAAUCGGAAAAAUGGAUUGCUCCUUUCUUCGCCCACCAAACAGUCGGUCAUACAUCUUGAUAUUGAAUUUUUGCAUAACUGUUUCAUGGUGUCUUAUGCUUAUAUGCAACAUGAUGACAAUAUUCAUAAGAACAACUGUUAGAAAGAGUGUUCGUGCUGUGAGUGGCGACAUCAUUUUGACUUUGAGGCACAAGCCAGGAUUCACGUGGGACCAUUCAUCACUUCUCGUGGGAAUAAUCACAUUAACUAUGACAAUAUCUACAAUUCCAUAUGUUAUCUUCAGCUUCACCACGGAAGGAGGUUAUCUUGAGCAAAGGUUGUAUUAUGCGUCUACUUUAGCACCGAAUACAGCAGCAGGAUUAGAAAUGACGACAUCGAUCUCAAGUUUACUCAAUCCGUUUAUAUACACUGCAAUGUUAGGAAAACUACGGAGUGACAUAGCAAGACUUAUUCAACAAUGCCACAAAAAAGCAGCGAGAGUAUGCGCCAACGGUGCCGAUUGCAUUACAUGCAAGAGAGAGCGAGCUAUGAAAGACGAUGGGGUCUGUGAAGAAGAUGCAGAAGCCUGUCCCUGUCAAAAGGAACCAAUUGUCGAAGAAACAAAUUGCUCUAAACUUUCUCAAACUGGGAAGUGCAAAGUUAACGACAGAGCACCAGAACUUCAGUCAUGUACAGAAAAAAAUGAGCACGUCAUCAAAAGCUGAAUUCGGUCAAAUGAAUAGAGAAAGAAGGCCUGCCAUCUUUGCACAAUGAGGCAACUUGACAAUGGUAGAAAUCAAACCGUAUAAGUUAGUCGGAGUCGACUGAUUCCGACAAAAGCGGUAGUAAAUAGCUUGAAUGUAAAAGCUCACCGCUUUUCUCACUGUGGUCGUAAUAACUUUCGUAGGCUGGGUCUCAUUACCAAGCAUUUUGAAUGCGAGGCCAGCGGUGAGGAUUGCGGUGGUAGUCGCUACUGAUUUAUGAUUCGAACCUAAAACUAUACGGAUUAGAUUGGGAAUAUUUUAGUUCUGCUAGCAUACUGCGGUAUACUCAUAUUUAAAUCAACUAAAAUUAGGAUAGAAAUUGAAAUAUUGAAAUGGAUGAAUAAGAGCAUCGGCAUGCUUGGCUGCAUGAGAAGAAAAAAAACAUCACAUAUAUUGUGAAAAGGAAAUCAAUAAAUUUAUUAUGUUAUAAAUGAUAUUUGCAUAUAUUUAAGUGUGUUUAAGGUAAAGUAAUGAUGGACAUCGCCAUUUAAUUGCAGUUUGUUCCGACCUAUGUCGGAUACGCAAUCAUUCUAACCUAUCGAUGCCAAUUUCAAUUUCAUUAUAGAUACGUAGGAUGGUCUACUGCAGGUGUCAACUUUUUGUCGCUCGCGAGCCAAAAUUAAGGGUUGCAAGCCGUGUCGCACAUAUUUUUAGAAAGUUAAAAACCGAACGGAUGGCUGAUGAAUCACAAUUUUUUCACACAUGUCAGAAGUGGGGAUUUUAAAUUUUGAGCAGCGCGCGAAGACUCAACUUACUUCAAGAAAAAAAUAUACACAUGACAUUUGAGUAAUGUGACACUUUUUGUUGCAUCACGCCUGUCGCCUGAUACGAUUUCGACAUCAAUGAAUGGGACACUGGAUAAAGCCAAGAUUAAAACAUUUUAUGAAUGAGAAUCACUUAUCUGAGUUCUCCGCUUGUUCUUUGUAAUGUUCCAGUUCGAAAAUAAUUGCAUGCAUGCAUGGCUACUUCCAAACAUCGAUGGAAUUUUUUCGCAUGGUUUGUCAAAUUUGGAUGCAGUUUUCCUUCAAGAAGAUACUUUUUAUAAAAAUCAAGCAGUGAUACAUUUCUCGAAUAGAAUACAUAUUUAUUUCCUCAUUGCAUCUCAAAAAUUCCCAUUUGUUUAUUUUCUGCGCCAUUGAACCCAUUGCACUUAGAAUCAACUAUUCUGCGUUUUGUUGCCAUUCGUCUAACUAUAAUUAAAUUAUAGGCUCAUUAAACGUGUAAUUGUGAAUAUAUACUUGUUAGGUUAUAUAUAAUAUAAUUCAGUCUACAC